AAAUCUAGAGUUUUAUUUUCAAGGAAUGUUGAUCAAAACACCAGAGAUUCUCUUUGUUCUCUCUUGGGAUUUUGACACACCAAUGAUCUUGGAAGGGCCUUUUUGAACAUGAUUCCCCAAGUUCGUCUGAGGAAUACUUUCAAGGAGAGUAAUAUGGCUGCUGAUACCACGGCUAAGAAGGGCACUCACGCUCCUGCUUUUGUUGUCUUGUAUAAUUGUCCUAUGGAUGUUGAACUUUUAUGUCUUGCUGAUGCUGUUGAGGGUUUACCUAGUACUCUAGAGGCUGUUAAAGAAGCUUGGGUUUCAUGGGAAAACCUUAUGAAAUCCCUUGGAAAGCAGCAACAUGCUGGUGCUAGUGAAAGUUCACUUCCUAAAAUGAAGGAUAAACAAUGUUCAUAUUUCAUCAAUGAGAUGAAUGAUGCAGAUUUUGGGGACAGUGGUUACAAAUUGCGAAUUCCAUAAGGCCUGAUUCAGGGUUCUGCAAUCACCAUAAUAGGCAUUCUUGAUGGCCUUAUGGUAUAGGGAACUUCCAAAUUGAUUUAACUAGGGAAUCAAUCCUGGGACAGCUAAAUCCUUCCAUUGUUUUGCUUUUACAAUACAUGUUCACCUACAAG